UCCCACUAUAUUUGUCCACUUUCAUUUUUGCACACCAUCCAAUACACUUCUUUAAUCCAUUUUAUCUUGUAAUUUGUAUAUUAAAAAAUUAUAGAAAUUAUAUAUUAAUAAUCUAUAUGUUAAGACAAAUCAAACAAGAUCACGCAUGACUAUAUUUAGGCUUACACAUUGAGAGAAUUUGAUGAGUCAAAGUGCUUAGAUGAACAGUUCCAAAAGUCAAAAGUGGAAGAAUAUAGCGGGACAGAGGGAGUAACAAGCAAUACAGUUUUUUACAUUCGUCUGCAUACCCUUCCGGGGGAAGGCCAUAGCAAGCCACUGAAAAGUGCGAUGCAUGCUGGCAUGCCCCGCCAUAGGAGAGUCAUGAUACUCACGGAUAAGCAGCUCGCGUUCGGAGCAAACGAAGGAUGCGAUGUGGGAUCGUAUCGAGGAGAAGUUCUUCACGGCGAUGAAGAAGGACGACUUCUACCGAACACGGGACCAACUCACUUCCAAAUGGAGCCACAUCAACCGUAAAGUCCGAAAGUUUAUCGGAGUUUACGAGGAAUGCUCCCGGUUCCGGAGGAGCGGGACGAACGACGCCGAUGUUCUCCGGCUUGCCACGCCCCGGUAUCAAGACGAUGGGCACCAAGGCAAGGUCGACGAGACUAUCAGUUCAACCGAUCAAAUCCCUCCCUUCAACGUUGCGGAUUCCGAUGACGAGGACCCCAUUCCACGGCCGAUCGGAAGAAAGAAGGCAAAAUUCAUUACCUAUGGUUCGGGAGGGUCCGCCUCUGUUUCCGUUUCUUCCCGCGACGAAAUCGGCCGGGAAAUGGUUGAACAACUUCGGGCAUUCAAUCUCCGGGAACAAGAGAGGUUGAAGCUAAAGGAGAAGGAUUUGAAGCUAAAGGAGCAGGAGGCCGAGAUAAAAGUCAUGCAAACCGACCCCGGGACGUUGUCGGAGAUUGGACUAAUGAUCUACGAGCAAAGAAUAAGAGAGAUCAAGGAGAAAUAUAAUUUACCUUAGUUUUUUUAUUAAUAUAUCUUUUUUUAAAUUAUUGUCGCUUUUUUUAUUUAAUUAAUGUAUUUUUUUAUUAUCCGUGUUUCAAUUUACUUAAAUAAUAAAUUAAUUACAUUUUAUUAAUCUAAUUUUAGAAGAUGUAUAUUUAAAAAUGUAAAAAAUGAAGGUUUGAAGCCCCAAUUUGAAGACUCAGGGCUUCAAAUCCAUUUCCAAUGAAUUUUGGGUGUAAGU